ACAGUGCAUAAGAGGAGGCGGUGCAUUCUACAAGCACGUGGUAUUAGAGCGGCGAAAGGGAAGCGUUAUUCAAGAAAUGCAGUUUGCACUUGAACUUUUGUUGCAGAUGACCAAGAUCGCGAUAGAAAUAUACUACAGUUCAGUCACCUGGCGAACAACAAGGUAGAAACUUUCCAGCAUGUCGCUUAACAAGCGGCUGUUUGCCUGUGAGGACCCAAGUGUGUGGAGAGACAUAUUUGAGAAAUAUUGGCAAGUGGUGAAGCUCAAGUCUGAUGGCAAGGGAAAGAAACACGGCAGGCUGCUUCCCCUGGAUAAAUGGUAUCAGGAAGAGCUGCCUGCAGCCAUAGCUGGCAGAUCUGAACGCUAUCUUACCCAUUCUGAGCUAGCCAAGCUGAUGGAGUGGAAGCUUACGAGGGGGAAGUUCCGCCCCAGGUUGCAGCAGUUGGUGGAAACUAAUUCCAGCGAGACGGUGGAAAGGUGCACUAAAAAGGCCUUCAGUCUCCUCCCUGACAUCACUGCUGCCAUCACUGAGCUCAGCUCUUUGAAAGCUUUGGGCCCUGCCACUGCCUCCGCGGUGCUGGCUGCUGGGGCUCCGGAGCAGGCUGCCUUCAUGGCUGAUGAGGCUGUGGAGAGCAUUCCCAACCUGAAACCCAUCCAGUACACUGUUAAGCACUAUUCCCUGUACCUGCAGAGCGUGAAGGAGCGCACACAGGCUCUCAACCAAGCGGACGCUGACCAGGACUGGACGCCCCACAAGGUGGAGCUAUGUUUGUGGGCAUGGGACGUGGCGAGUCAGCUGCAGCCCUCCCUGCUCCAGAACAGCUGCGAUGAGGAGACUGAAACCGCCAAGCCACGUGCCAAGAGGCAGAAAAUCAAGUAGACUCUUCAUCUGUGCUAGGACCAGGUAGAGAGGAUCACAACUUGCACUGGAUGUUGACCAAUUCACUUAUCUGAUGCACGUAAACACUUGUGUGCAUUUGUCUCACACUUAUGCACAUUUGGUAUUUUAUAAACUGAUGCAUUUUUGUCACAAAUUGAUUGCAGUCUCUUGGUAAAUCCGGAUCACAAUAAAAAGCAGUUACUUCCGACACUCA